CGCCUAAUGACCUUCAAUUAGCAUCCUCCCUCAUGUCAAGCUAACAUCAGACUAUGGCCGAAGCUCAGCCGGAAACGCAGCCAUUGCUGGCUCAUGAAGAUGUCGACGUUUGGCCUAUUAUCCAUAUGAUCCGUGGGGACGUCAUACACUACAUAGAUACACCCCUGAUGCUCGAGGCGUUAACUGGACCUGAUUUGACCUACACUCUCGUCCGUCCCUUAGAGGAAAAAUAUAAUGCUAUCCAGCGGGCUGGAAACAAAUCUGUCGUGUUUUGUUUCCUUCUCAACCGUGUCUAUUUCAUACGUGACCAGAAAAACUUGACCACGGGACCGCUGUCCAGCUCGCGCGCCAUGCUAUGCGAGAUACUCGCUAUUCGUUGCCUAAGAGAUAACGGAAGCAGUAUGCUGAACAUGGCACUUGUCCUGACAACUAAAUGGCAAGUCUGGUCAGGUGCUGACCCUCAUAUAGUCGAAACGGCAAGGGAGGAACGCGAUGACGAUCUCGAGGAACGCGUUGGAAACGCAAUCGAGAUGGCCAUCAUAAGCAAGGCAAGGCGCUUCAUCAAAAGCUCCCCAUGCCAAAAAGUUAUUGAUGGCAUCUGGAUCGGUAAAUGUGUAUACCAGGCAAAAAGUAGUCAUUCAAUACUGUCCGAUACGUACAAACACAAGCCCAUUCAUUUCUACGAUCCACACAAGGCACCUUUGUUGGACCAUUAUCGACUCAAAGUCCCUGCUAUCCGCUCUGUUUUGGACUACUUUAACUUCCUCAUCUUAUUCAUCCUUUUUGUGGUCGCUAUUGAAUUAAACGAACCCUUGAGGAUCAAUAUCCCUGAAACAUUGUUUAUGUUAUACGGCCUUGGUUUUGCGCUGGAAAAGCUCGCAACCAUACAGGAACAUGGAAUCACAGUUUAUUUUAAGGGCACUUGGAAUGGCUUCGAUCUAGCAUUUGUGACGACAUACUGCGUCUACGCUUUCUUUAGACUGUAUGGCGUGUAUGGGCACGAGCAUUGGGCCCAGGACCUUGGAAUUGACUUUCUGGCUGUCAUUGCAUGCUUGAUGUUUCCAAGACUCGCCUUCGUAACAUUCAAGAAUAAUUUGAUGGUUUUAUCGCUCCGUGCGAUGAUGAUGCAGUUUGUUGCGCUUAUGCUGAUUGCCGCAUUCUGCUUUUGUGGGUUCUUAUAUGCUCUCUGGACGUUGAGCCGGAAUCACGCUCGGUAUUCAGCAGGGACAAUUGCGUGGUGGAUGCUUGACUUGUGGUUCGGUCUCGAUGCUAGUGGCUUUGACAAAGCUUUUGAAUUUGACUUUGUGUUCGGACCUAUCCUUAUGAUCACUUAUGCGUGUCUGAGCAAUACACUAUUGCUGACUGUCCUCGUUUCUAUUCUCUCAAAUACCUUCGCAAGGAUCAACGAGGAUGCCGCAGCGGAGGCGAUGUUCAGAAGAGCCGUGUCGACGAUUGAGGGUGUCAAAGCCGACUCAUUAUUUUCAUACCAGCCUCCAGUAAACGUACUGGCUCUUUGCAUUCUGCUGCCUUCAAGCUAUGUACUGUCACCGAGGUGGUUCCACAAGGUCAACGUAUUCAUGAUUAGAGCUACGAAUCUUCCCAUCUUGCUCAUCAUUGCUUUGUAUGAACGCCAAUCCAAGAAGGCUGGCUCGAAUGGGUUCUAUGAAACUAUUACUUCUGUGGCGGAGAAGGUUUUAGAUACGUUGCCACGCCCCUUGAAGCGGAUGUCGUUCUUCGAGGGACUGGUGGGCUCAGGGAGCACUAUUGACGUUAUCUUUGAAGUAGAAGAAGAAAUGGACAAUAGCGCAUUGGAUACCAGGCAUUACGGUGAACUUCCUCCAGCAGGCGCCAUGGCUCAACGGCGUCCAUCUCGAAAGUCAGACCACCAGACUCCACUUCGUCCCACUCGCUCUCUUAAGGAGCCGCAAUCCCAACUACAACCUCAUCCUCGAUCACAACCCGAAUUGACACCGACAAACGCCCGGUCGCCGUUACUACAACAGCUCGGACCUCUGUCACACCAGGCGUCCCAGUCAUCUGGUGCCUCUGCUCUCCGUCGACGUGUCAACUCACAAAUAAGUCGCGCCGAUAUAACUCAAAGCAUCAGUCCACUCGUACAGGUCUUCCAACCUUUAAUAGCGGACGAUGUCGAUGAUGACCCAAAGGAGGGAACUCCGCACUCCGCUCCAGCACCCCUCGUCAGCUAUGGCCCGGCUAGUCGCAGGCUGGCGUCAAUGCAAUCUAUGAUGCGUCCCGAUCCGAUACCUAUCGUUCAGCGCAGACCUCCUUUGCCCGUGAUUAAUACGCGUCCCGAAAUUUUCGAUGGUCCAGGAUCGCUCUCCGCCAGCCCGCAGCAGAGCACCCAACCGGAAACUGCUGAAGAGGCGGAGGAAAGCAGCUUUGAGGACAGAAGUAUGGUUCGAUGGCUCGAGCGUAUGAAGCGGAUGGAGGAGAGGCAAAAACGCAUAGAGGAUUUACUUUUGGAGCUGGUUGGACGCGCCCAGCGAGCAUAGAUGGUCAAACUUGUUAUGUUGAAUAGGAAACCGACUAUUUACAAUGAGAUUAGUGAUUCAAAAGUCACUGCUGAACCGAUUGGUAUAGCGCAAGCGGCGACAUUGCAUGAGAUACCAAUGCCAUCCUCAACGGAGUUGUGUUAGCUCCAAAGGUAAAAAUGGUGACAGCCAAGUCAUCAUCGGGCAAAGCAAUAGUAAUUUUAUACCUGGACGCAUUCUAAACACCGACUAAUCCAUGGAAGGUGCAGGUUGUUGCGUGCUGCUGAUUGAUAUGAACUAAGCUGAACGCUGAAAAGAGAGAACAAUUAAGAGCA